AUAUCAUAAUCUAAAAUAAUACAAAAUAAAUAGGGCAAAAAAAUAUAUAUCUAACAAAAUAUUUUAAAAACGUUACAAUAACCACAAUUUUAUAUACAAAAAAGUCAAAAAUGUACUAAUACUAACUAAUUUAAUGCACUUAACCCACAUCUUAAAUACCUAUCUAAUCAUACACUUCCUAAUUCAUACACCACUCAUUUCACUUAAGAGACCUCAAUAUCUACUAUCUACACUACACACCAAAUAUUUCCCGUUCCUCUAUUUUACACUUACAACCAACAAUGAACAAUCAAAACACCCACCAUAUCCUUCUCAUUGCUGCCUCUGCACAAGGCCACUUAAACCCCACGCUCCAACUCGCCAAACGCCUCACACGCGCCUCCCCGACUCUACACGUCACCUUCGCCACCAUGGCCACCGCAAUUUGUCAACUAAACCUCCCGUCUUCUGAACCCUAUCUCGGCCGUCUUUCUUUCGCCACCUUCUCUACUGGCUUCGAUGACGGCGUUAAGCCCACCGACGACCCGAAGACCGUAGCCGAGAAAGCAAAGCGCGUGGUGUCCACUUCCCUACAUAAACUCAUCACCACUCUAUCCAAUCAAGGACGCCCAAUCAACCUUUUAGUCUAUAGUCUGAUGCUUCCUUGGGCUGCUGACGUGGCGCGUGAGCUUCACGUGCCAUCUGCUUUGUUGUUUAUCCAGUCAGCAACCACCUUUGCAAUUUAUAACCGUUAUUUUAACGGUAAUAACGGAAGUGAAGUUAAAAGCCCUAAAAUUUGCAUAGAAUUACCAAAUAUGCCACUGUUUGAAAGUUGUGAUAUUCCUACUUUUCUCCUGCCCUCAAGUCCACACUAUUUUGCUGCUCCUACAAUUGAGGAUCACCUUAGAGCCCUUGAUAAGGAUCUUAAUCCAACGGUUCUUAUUAAUUCAUUUGAUGCACUUGAAGAAUCUGUGAUUAACAAUUCAUUUAAUCAUGAUGAUCAUCAUCGUGUAAAGUUGAUCACUGUUGGACCGUUGAUUCCAUCUGCCUUUUCUGAUAUGAUUGAUCCGUAUGAUGUAUCAUACGGCUGUGAUUUAUUCGAGAGGUCUAAGGAGUAUUUAACAUGGUUGGAGAAUCAAGAAGAGAAGUCAGUUAUUUAUGUUUCAUUUGGGAGCAUGACCGUUGUAAAAAGGAAGCAAUUUGAGGAGAUAUUACAUGGGCUAGAGUUAACGGGCCGGCCUUAUUUGUGGGUAGUAAGGCCCAUAACGCAUAACAAAGUAGUGGGUGAUGAAGAUGAGGUUGUUAUGGAGGAUAUAAUCAAAAAUGGGCUUGGCCCAAUUAGCGGAAGCCCACAAGAAAAAGGGUUAAUUGUGCCUUGGUGUAACCAACUAGAAGUAUUAAGUCACCCUGCAAUUGGGUGUUUCUUAACACAUUGUGGAUGGAACUCGAUAAUAGAAAGUCUGGUUACAAGCGUUCCUAUAGUUGGAGUUCCACAGAUAUCAGACCAGCCUACCAACGCAAAGUUGGUAGACGAGGUUUGGCAAGUCGGGAUUAGGGUAAAAAAGAAUAAUGAUGUAGAUGGGGAGGAGGUAAGACAAUGUAUAGAGAUAGUAAUGGGUAAUGAAGAGAUUGGAGAAGAGAUAAGGAGAAAUACAAAGAAGUGGAUGGAAUUGGCCCUAGAAGCCAUAAUGGAAGGGGGUUCUUCAUACAAUAAUAUCGAAUGUUAUAUAAAAAGUAUUCAAAAUGUCAUACCAAAAGAGAAAAUAGUUAAAAUGGUGGGCCCUUCAGAGGAGAAAGAUCAAUUAAUACUUCUAUUAGAAGAAGAAGAAGAAGAAGUGGUAAAAAAUAUGGAACCACUUGAUGAGGUACUUUUAGAGAAGAAUAAUAUAAUUGAUGAGGUGGGAAAAUCAUAGAAAUCUAAUAAGGAUGAACUUUAUACUUUUUAGCAAAGUGGAAGAGGAAUAUGCUAGUGAGUACUGAGUAGUGACAGACUGUUUGUACUUAUUUCCUUAACUAGCAUUCUUGACAACCGUUGAAUGUUGCACUUUUAUUCAUCUUCUACAUCAAGGUAUUGUAAGAUCCCGAAUCAGUGAUCUACCUCAUAAAAUAAGUUUAUAAAUGAGAUUUGGAUAUAGAAUGUAAUCUUAUUGCCAAGUAUAAAAAAUAGCAAAUAUGAAAAACUUACCUACUUAUGCGGUACAAGUAAUAUUUUUACAAAUUGUAGUUGAGAUUUUGAAAUUUAAUCUAUUCCAUGUUUUUUCUUGAAUUUGGCUCAUUAUUGUUAGCUUUAGUUACACUCA